UUCCACCUUUUGCUUUUCUCUCAUCUCUCUUUGUUUCCCAUUUUACUUUAUUUUUUUAAUUUCCCUCGCAGUUUAAUAGCUGGAUUUCUGACCCAAUUGUCUGCUUGAUCAUCAACACCAUCACUUACUUUCUUCUUUGUUUUCUUUCUCAAUCUAACUCACCUACCUUCACACCAUCCACUUCUUCAACUAAAGAUCCAACAAAACAAGACCAUAAAAUGACUCCGGCGGCGGCUGCGGCGGCGACGGCGACUCCCACCAAUAACUACACCGCCGGCCAGUUUGGUGACACAACUUACACAAAGGUUUUUGUUGGUGGGUUGGCUUGGGAAACACAAAAAGAUACCAUGAAAACUUACUUUGAGCAGUUUGGUGAGAUCUUGGAAGCUGUUGUCAUCACAGAUAAAACCACUGGCAGAUCUAAAGGCUAUGGCUUUGUGACUUUCCGGGAAGCUGAUGCUGCGAUGAGAGCAUGUGUUGAUGCGGCUCCGGUGAUCGAUGGUCGGAGGGCUAACUGUAAUCUUGCUUCUUUGGGUGUUCAAAGAUCCAAACCCUCAACACCUAACAAGCUUGGUGGAGGAAGAACCAUUAGGGUUAUGGGUGGUUAUGGAGGGUACCAUCAUCAUCACCAUAAUCAUAGCCAUCAUCAAGCUGGUGGUGGAAUGGGAACAACAGCUUUCCCUUCAGCUACAGCCUUCCCUCAUUAUGCCAUCCACCAAGGCAUCCCUUUUCCUGCUACAAAUCUUUAUGGAUACUCGCCAUAUUCUCCUGAUUACACCUACCCAACGAGUUACUAUAACGUAUAUGGAGGUUCAAAUGGGCAGUAUCCAUUUUAUGGAGCAAGUGCUGGUGCAGCUGGUGCCGGUAUGAUUACUACUGCAAGUGCAGCCGCCGCAGCCGCCGCCUUUUACCCGUAUCUGAACAUGGCGGAAGGUGGUCACGGGAGCUACGCUACUGGUCAGAGCUAUGGUGUGUACCCACACCAUCUCUAUCAGUAUUCCGCCAUGAAUUCUUCUGCGGGGUACGCGCAACAAUAUGGUACCCCCAUCUCUCUUGCAGCCACUCCUCCAUUGCAACCAGCAGUUUGUUUUGCUGUGCCGCAGGCGUAAACGUGGUGCUACAAUCGUCCGCUGCUCAUCAUUAAGAGAUUCACGAGCCACAUUCAUCGAACCGAAUCAGCAUGCAUUCCCUUUUGUUAAAAAAAAACCUGACCUUUGGCCCAACCAUGGUUACUUCUUUCAUUCUGUCUCAUUCAUGCCCUUGAUACAGUCACUCAAGGCAUGAAAGCAAACCCCCCAUAGGGGUUACCAUCCAAAUUUGGAAGACAUUUUCAAUCUUCUCUUGAAAGGGAAGGGUCCCCUACAAGAGAAAGACACCCCACAAAGCAUAUGCAUGUGCAUCUCACCAACUUAUGGCUAUGGAAAAGCUUCAUGAGUUGGAGAAAUUUAUAUAAAUUUUUGGCCUAUGGAAAAAGCCAAAAGGUUUUUACAAAUUAAAAAAAAAAAAAAAAAAAAAAACUAAGAUGUCAUAAUGUCAAAAACUCUUUUCAACUGAAUUAAGAGAAAUUGUAAAUGCUUCAAGUUCCAAACUUUGAUGAAAGAUGUCUUUUUCUAUAUAUAGAUAUAGUUUAAUCAUGGGCAUUGGAGUGUGCCCUAAGUUUUUGUUUUUAACUUCAACUCCUAGUCUAUGAUUUUUUAAAAACUUGGCUAGGUUGUUUUUAUGAAAAAAUCUUUCUUUUUUUAAAAACCAUCAUUGUGUUCUUAGGGUAAGAACAUAUGAUGUUUCUUUUUUAAAUUUCUUGUAAAUUUACUUUGGCUAAACAAUGGGAGUUUUAGUCAUGUGACAAAAUAACGUUAAGGUGUAGUUUUAGUGCAUUUAGGUUUAAUUUUAAGUUCGUACCAACUUUUUAGUUAGGUAUCAUGAGUUUCGUUAUGGAAACGGAGCUCAAAUGCAUGAGAAAGUAAUCCGAGAGAGAUAUUUUCAAUCUCUCGGUUUAUGAUCUCUAAAACAUCAACCAUGGUUAGGACUCAGGUCAACUUUUCCCCAUUCUCUCUCUCAUCUCUUUCUCUCUCGAUCUCUACUUACUGCUUUCAGAAGAACUUGGUACUUUUUAUUAUGUAAUCACGGUCUACGGUCUGAACUUGGGUUGUAACUAGGAAUUAAUGUUGCUUAAUUACAAGCUCAUUCUCAAUCAACGGUGAUUGAGAUGAGUCUCUACUUACUCUUUUUUUCCUUUUCAUUUAGAAACUGCUUUAAUUAUCUUUAACUUUCUAAUCCGUUAUUAA